AUGGCCAAGGAACAAAUUGGUAAUCACAAUGACAACUCUAAUUUAGCAGAAAUCUCUGUGAACUCUCCAAACAAGUCAACGUUUACAACUUUUGAAAUCAGUCCUGAUAGUGGUUGCCCCACCACCUUUUCAGAUUUUGAUAGUACAACAACCUUGUGUGCAGAUAUCAAAGAGUUUUCUCCUUCUUUUAAAAUGGCAAACAACAAGGCCAUUUCCAUACUGAAAAAGGAUAUAAUGAAGGCCAGAGCAUCAUUACAUGAAGCUGCAGGGGACGUUUUGAUCAGCACCUUAAAUGGAACUACUCUGAAACAUCAAACAAUAGAAACAUUGUGCAAAUCAGUUUCGGGAAGCACUUAUGCAAACAGAUCACCCAUAGAACAAUCCAUCUUCCCUAACCAUGCGUCAAGACUGCGUGUUAGUAAUGCUCCGAAGAGUGACAGUCCAAAGAGCUUUCAAAUUAAUAUUUCAAGCUGCUCUUCACCACAGUCAAAUGAAUCUGAUUAUAAAACGGGUUCAAAGAGGAAUAUUACAGUUUCAAAUGUUGGCUUUCAAACAGAGACUCUGAGAGAAUUGAGGAGAGGUUCAGACUCAUCAAAGUUCACUCAUCAAAAAUUGGAUUUCAAAAGGAGUGCUGAAAUACAGACUAUGUUCAACAUUAGCAGCGCACACAAUCCCACCACAGUGGACUCCAGCCGUGAAGAUGAUGAGGAGAAUGCCACUCAAAAGGCUGAUGUUACAGAAUUGUGCAAUCUUUUGGAGGAAGCAAAUAGUCAACAUGAAUUUGCCCAUUUCAGACCAACGAAUCAUGGCUCAGACAACCACAAUACAGAGAAAGAGUGGGAUCCUGAUAUACUCUACGGCAUUGACGUUGAUGAUAGUUCUAACUGUAGUGAUGUUGUGAAAGGAAAGCAUCCUGUCAAGAUGGACUCUUCCUCAGUAAACACUUCUGAUCAUAUUCAAAUUGUAGAUGCUGCCAAAUGACCAUGCAAUGCCAUGUCAAUGGAAACACAAAAUGCAAUUGUGCCUUCGUCAUUGGCUGAAGACAGUUCUCUAGUUGGUGGAAUUAAAAGUAUACAGCCCUUAUUUCAGUGAUGAUACUUUUUUUGGUUUCAAACUGCUAAAGGGGAAGCUAUAAGCAUGUCAGAAAAGAGUUUAAACAAUGCAAGGCACUUUUUUGAAGAGAAUGAUCAAAAAGCCAUUCAUAAUAAAGAAGUCAAGGUGGAUAUCAGAGUAAUAAAGCCAGAGCAUGUUGAAACAGAGCCUACAUUCAAUACUUUUGACAGUAUGAGCACAGAAAAUAAAACCUAUACCUUCAGAUAAACAGAUGUAGAUUUCAGCUCUGGAAAUGUAAAUGCAGCUUAUAAAGAGAUAAAUAAGCAAGUGACAGAAAAUUAAGGAACAGAGCGGAAUUGUUUAGGUGAAAAAAUAGAUGUUUUUCGUGUUGACGCCAAUAGUCAUUUUGGUUUUAGUACAGCCAGCGGAGCAAAGCCUAAAGCCAAGCCUAGGAGCCCUAAAAAGGCUCUCCUGCAAGCAAGACGACUUCUUAAUGAUGUUGACCACUUAGAAGAGUGGCAAACAUGCGAACUCACUCUCCAUGGUUCUGGAAACCAUCACGCCUCUGUCAACAACUAGCCUUAAGAAAGCAAAAGCAGUUUCUUGGAGUAAUACUUCUGUAAAAUAAGUCAGCCAUACUUAGUAACCAAAAUAACUGAUGGUGUGGACAGUCUUUCCUUCAACAGCGAGGUCUUUCAAGAACAGAAUUCUAGCAGUGAUACUAAAGAAGUUUUUGCAAAGAUUUUUCCCUCAGAAAAAAAAAUUUUUUCGCUUCAGUCAGAGGAAGGCUAUGGCUUUCAGACCGCCAGUGGCAAAGGAGUUUCACUUUUAGUCGGGGCCAUUAAUACUGCCAGUGGUAAGAAGGUGUCCAUCUCAGCUGGAGCACUUCAGAGUGACUAUCCGUCCGCUAUCUGGCAGCCUUUACCUUGCAAAGACUUCUGGUGCUCCCAGAAUAGGUCUGAGAGAUGUUGUGGAACGCAAAUGUCCCGGUCGAUAGACACAGGAGGAGAUAUGAUGAGAAUCUUGGAGAUGGCCGACACUCCAGCUAAGAUAUUAGUGCUCUGUUUAUGUGGUGUUUCUCAAAUUGGUCAACAUCCAGAAAAGCCAGUGAAAGAUGACAAAACUCCUAAUGCAAAGAUGGAGUCCUGUGUGGUCUGGCUCACAGAUGGCUGGUAUUCUAUCAAAGGCCAGUUAGACAUUCUGCUCUCUGCCAUGCUGAACUACGGCCGUCUCCAAAUCGGUGAUAAGAUUGUGACCAGUGCAGCUGAGUUGGUUGAUUUCCAAGAAGCCUGUCCUCCUCUGGAAGCUCCUGAAUCUCUGAUGCGAAAGAUUUCAGCAAACAGCACUAGACGAGUUCGGUGGGAGACUAAGUUUGGUUACUAUCGUGACUCUCGGCCUAUCAUCUUACCACUAUCAUCACUGCUCACUACUGGAGGUGUUGUAAGCUGUGUGAAUAUUGUGGUGUUGAGAAGUUACCCCACUCAGUGGAUGGAAAAGAAGCCCAAGGGUGCCUUCAUAUUUCGCAAUGAUCGUGCAGAUGAUCGAAAGGCCAGAAAACACAGCAACUCCAAGUAUAAAUCCAUGAAUGAUCUUAUUUCCAAAAUACAGACCGAAAAAGAAGUAAAAAAGAAGUGGAAGGUAAAAAGAACAUUUAGUCAACAUGAGAUUGAGCUGCAAGAUGGGGAAGAGUUAUAUGAGGCAAUGGAAAGUGAUCUUGUCUUUGAGGACAACACUUAAAUUAAUUUACAACAAAGUUGUAUUGUAAUUUUUGUGAUGAAUUCAUUUCUAAUUUUUUUUUUCCUAAUUCAUUUUUGUGAUGAAUGACUAAAAAAACAGAGAGAUAAAAAAAAUAGACUUGCAAACAUGGAAGGACUUGGGUCAAUAAUAAUAAUGAUUUGAUAGUGUGCUCUUUUGACUUAGAUUAGUAAGUAACCAACUAUAAUGCCCUAGCAUCAUUGGGCAAUGAAUUUUGCACCUGCCCUAACUUUAUUUAUCUCAACGAAUGUACAAAUCUAAAACUAAAACUUGUAUCACAAUAUGUUGUUUUGAUGUGUUUCUAUUAAUGAACAGCAGGUGGCGCCUUAACACUUGCCUUUGACUUGCAGCGAACUGUUCAACUCUGUAGGAAGAUUGUGAAAUCAUAUCUGCCAUUUCCAUAUUAAAUCUGAAGCAAUGUGAAUGGAACAAGUAAUAUGAAUGUACUUCUUAAUAACCACCAGAUAUUGGCAGCACAGAAAGCAAUGGGAAUGAC